AUGGGUCUUGGCUCGCGAUUGGGAGCCUUUGCCGGCUCCAAGGACGACGAGGUCACGGAAACGCCGACGGCCUCGCACAGUGAGAAUCGCACCGUCGACCCGUCAUGGAAGGCGGCCAAGUCCAAGGACGGCGACACCGCCAUGGCGCUCUUCGAUGACCCCGACGAGCUCCAUGAGCCCGUGGACCCUGCCGAAGCGAGGCGCGUUCUGUGGAAAAUCGACUUUAUGAUCCUGCCGUACCUUGCGGUUUGCUAUGCGUUCUUUUAUAUUGAUAAGACGACGCUGAGCUAUGCGGCGAUUUUUGGCAUCGUCGAGGACCUCGAGCUCCAUGGGACGCAGUAUAGCUGGCUGAGUAGUAUCUUUUACUUUGGGUUUCUUGCGUGGGCUUUUCCGACCAACUUUAUGCUGCAACGGUUUCCAAUUGGAAAAUAUCUCGGGAUAAACAUCUUCAUGUGGGGCGUCUUCCUCAUGAUCCAAGCAGCCUGCCACAACUUCACUACGUUAGCGGUCCUCCGCGCGCUGGGAGGCGCCGCAGAAGCUUGCGCCGACCCGGCAUUCAUGCUCAUCACGAGUAUGUGGUAUACCCGGCGCGAACAGCCGGUGCGCAUGGGCCUGUGGUACACGGCGAACGGGUUUGGCAUCGCCCUGGGCGGAUUGCUGGGAUACGGCAUCGGCCAUAUCCGGGGCGCCCUUCCGUCGUGGAAGUACGAGUUCAUCGUCAUCGGCGCCCUCUGUUCGACCUGGGGUAUCGUCAUGUUCAUCUUCCUCCCCGACUCACCCGUCACAGCCCCCGGCUUGACGAAGAGAGAGCGGCGGAUCGCCGUCGAGCGUCUGCGGGAGAACCAGACCGGCGUCGAGAACAAGCAUCUGAAGCCGGCGCAGAUACUCGAGGCGUUUUGCGACUACAAGCUCUACUUUUUCUUCGUCCUGGGCAUGGUUUGCAAUAUUCCCAACGGUGGUAUCUCGAACUUCGGAACCAUCAUCAUCAAGGGCUUCGGAUUCUCGACGCUGGUGACUACCCUCAUGCAGGUUCCCUACGGGGUCUUGAUUGCCAUCUCGAUCCUGAUUUGCGUAUACCUGAAUGAUCGAUUCGAGAACAGACGCUGCGUCUUCAUUUUGAUCUUCCUCCUUCCUAAUAUUGCCGGGGCGUUUGGCUUGCGCUUCGUCCCGCUGGACCAGAAGGUCGGCCGGUUGAUCUGCUACUAUCUUACUGGACCUUAUAACGCCGCCUUUGUUUUGAUCCUGAGUAUGCAGGUUGCCAAUACGGCUGGUCACACCAAGAAGGUCGUUACCAACGCAGUCCUCUUCCUGGGAUAUUGUACCGGGAACAUCGCCGGCCCGUUCUUCUACAAAGACGAUCAGAAUCUUGGAAUCUGGUCCAUGAUCGUCUCGCACUUGAUCGAGGCCGUUCUCAUCAGUGUUCUAGGCUUGUUGCUCCGGUGGGAGAACAAGAAGCGAGACCGCAUCCAGUCGCAGAUGGAGGGGGGUCUCGAGGGCAGAGAUCUGGGGGCGACUGCUUUCAUGGAUUUGACAGACAGGGAGAAUCUGAAUUUUCGGUAUAUUUAUUAG